AUGGCAGACGCAAAAGUGGAACAGGAAAAAGCUGAAGAUGGGCAGGAAAACGCUCACCACGCUGCCCCUUCGAAAAAUUCAAUUAAAGUCAAACGUGGAGAAUAUCAAGUUCACAUUUACUUAGAAGAAGCUCGAGGACUAGUCCCAAAUAAAGAAGGGUAAUUACGAAUUAGUGAAACAAUAGAUCCAGUAGUAACCUUUACAAUUUUUGGUCAAACUAAGUUCACCAAGCCAAAAGACGAUAUCUCGGCAGGCUCAGUAGUAACCUGAGGUGAGCAUAUUUUUUUUACCAGCCCAAUAUUAGAAGUAGAAGAGGUCGAGUCACAAAAAAUCCUUAUUGAGGUUAGGGAUCAUCGUUUUAUGCUCAAAGACUCUUUAAUAGGUCUUUAUGAGCUAGACUUAAUGUACGUCUACUAUCAAGAAAAGCACGCAGUUGUCCAUCAAUGAAUCGCGCUAUGUAAUGCUGAAUCCAAAGAUUUUCAAACCGUUAGAGGCCAUAUAAAGGUAGGCAUCUGUGUCCAGUCAGAAGGAGACGAAGGUGCAGACCUGACAGCUAGAGAAGAAAAAGAGCCAAAAGAUUCAGACACUCUUAUGCCUCCACAAGUUAUUCAUAAAUCAUGCCAACUGAUAGUUAGAAUUAUAAAAGCUGAAGGACUGCCUAAGCUUGAUAUAGCUAAUGGGACAAUUGAUGCAUUUUGUCAAUUAGAGUUUGGUGGGGCUUCAAUAAAAACUUCUAUAGUCACAGCUGAUAAAAACUUUUAUUCUUCUAAUUGGUACGAAGAUUUAUAUGUUCCAGUUACUCUUCCAUCUGUAAGUAACAAACUUACUAUAAGGGUCCUUGAUCAUGAUCCUAUGAACAAAGAUGACCAAGUCGGAUCCUUAAUCUUCAAAUGGGACGAUAUAGAAGCAGGAAAGUAUUCCGACUACUUCUGGAGCAAUAUUUAUGGCGCCCAAAAAGACCUAUCUAAUGAGCAAGCGACAAGGAUGAACAAUAACCCUGACCUCGCCUCAAACUGACGUGGGAGAAUCCUUAUGAAAAUGGAAGUCACAAACCCUGAAAAGCCUUGCUUAGAUCUAAAAAAAAUUGAAGAAAAAGGCAUCAAUGAUUUUAUUAGAAAAAACUAUGAAAUUGAAACUACUUAUGAAAUCCGUGCACAAGUUUAUACUGCAGUAGGACUUUCAACAGCUUGUAAUAAAUAUUCUGUUGUAGUAAGUUGGAGUGGGAAAGAAGUAGAAACAAAAACUUUGAAGCCAGAAAACGGAAAAUGUGACUGGUUUGAGCUGCUGAAACGAAAAACUGUGAAAAUUCCUGGAGAGGCUACUAAAACACUCCCUGAUAUUAUGGUUAGGUUAGGCUAUUUAAAGUCAGGCUAAACCAUAUUGGUGAUGCAGUCACCAAAGACCUCCCAUAUGGAAGGUUCUACUGCUUUGCGACUCCAGCCCAGAGAGAGUAUCCACCAAAAACUGGUGCCACUUUUGGUACCUUCUGUCUCUUCUUACCUUGCAACUUCUGUAUUGAGUUGAAGGCUUAUGGGUUUUUGCGGCGGGGCAAUUGGAAUAGCUUGACUCAAAUUUCAGCUCUUUGGAGUCUGUCGGGUGUCGAAGUGCCUUCAUUCGAUAGCUACAGGAAAAAGACUGCUCCGCUGCUGCCUGGGCCGAAACUGGAUCCAAAGGACGUUGCCGGGCAUCUCCAUUUUCAACUUCAGGAAAGCAGCCAAAACCUACCCAGAUAUACAUACCUCAGGCUGCACUUGUUGCUUGACUCUGCGGCCAUAAGGUCUGGACCGUUGCACAAAGAGGGAAGAUUGGCACGUGUCGCAAUUUUAAUUUCAUUCCCCUGAUAUUAUGGUAUUUUUGAAAUAUGAAGAUAGUCAUGUGUGUUUUGCAAGGCUAAAUCCUUAUGAUUGGCAAGAUUUAAAAGGAGAAGCCAGAUGGAUAGCAAUGUGUCCGGAAAAAUCAAUAGGGAAGAUAAAGAAUGACUGGGAAGGAGGCUAUAUUUUAUUGAGGCUUUAUAUAGGAGCUUUUGAUGAUGAGUCUGAAAAUCUGACAAUCGGAAGAUGGAACGUCCCACCCAGAAUCAAGAAUAAACAGUCAGUUACACUUAUUAUUAAUCUUUAUCAAUGCAGAAGUCUUCCUAUUGCAGAUUCUGAUGGAGAGUCAGACCCAUAUAUAAAAGUAUACUGUUACGGUAAUGAAGUAAAAUCUACAACAAAAAUGCACACUUUAAACCCUAUGUGAUACGAAACCCUUCAAUUGAAAUUCGAAAUUAUGUCAAUGAAAGACAACCCACCCAUCGUUAUUUAUGUGUUUGAUGAAGAUCAAUAUAGCGCUGACGAUCUCAUAGGAAUGUGUGUUGUUCCUCUCCAAGAGUCAGCAAUUGAUUAUUCAGAUGCAGCUGCUCCUGAAUGGCGACCUCUAUCAUUAGGCAAAACCAAUUCUAAUUGUGGAGAAAUUUUGGUAUCAUUUAAUUUAUACAAAAGAGAAGAUGCGCAGCCUGAAUAUAAUAUUUUUCCUAAAUGCAUUGAGACUAUCGUAGAAAUUAACUGCUUAGGGCUCAGAGAUAAUUAAAAUAUGGCGUCUUCGUCUGGGCAUGGCCUCCGGCCAUGCAGCCUCGACUCAUAUUUUAAUUAUAUCCGGCAAGGUUUUGCCAUUUCGGAGAUGGAUGGCAAUGCUAGGUAAGCAAUUCUGGUGGAGUACAGAGCCUAGCCCUAGUCUACUCUCAGAGAUGGUUUUUUCCUCGUGGGGAAGGAAAGCACGGCAGUUGGAAAGGGGAAGCCCCAGCAGAGUCCACACGACCCAUCGGGCAGCUCCCUAGCGUGAAACUGGGCGUUACGUCCCAGGCUACGUGUUUUUCCUUUUUGCCGAAAGCCUACCAGAAAAUCCAUUUUUUGGGUUUUCGGAAUGGCAACCCAUGUCACAAGCAAGUAGCUCAUUCAUGAGCCGUCGAAGCCGGCAACACUUGCCCCUAGGCGCACCUUGGUGAACGAAGCGGACCGGCCCAGAGGUCUGUGGGCCCGAUGCGACGAAAGGCGAGAGGAGGUCUGGGCUUAGCCAACCCCGCAGUGGACGUUAAGCGUUAUAAUUAGUAAGUUAAGUUAAGCUUAGGGCUCAGAGAUUUGGUGCCAGCUUUAGGGUGGCUCCCAAUUAAUAAAGCAUUCGUUAAGUUCGAUAUGAAUUCUUUACAAGUCCCAGGUGAAAAUUUAAUGAUCAGAAAUAUUGAAACUCAGCCGUCUGAGCCAGGGAGAAACCCGAAUAUCAGCUCUAUCGUAAAAUUUGAUUGCAAAAUGCCUGUAAAUAAGCUAUUUUGUCCUACACUUUCUUGCAAUGUGUACGAUAACCUAUUUAAAGGUCUUUCACAGCCUCUCAUUGGAACUUUUGCUAUAAAUCUAGGCGAAAUUUAUCAUAAAAGCCGUGCAAAGCGUAGAAGCAAGAAAAAGCACCCAUUAGAAGAAGACAAAGAAAUCGAUACAAGAGAAGAAAAAAAUGAUUUAAUCCCAGUCAGAAUGAGAAAACCGACUGUUGCAGAAGCAGUAGAAGGGAAAUUUGUCAUAAUGCCUGAGUAUGAAGUAAACUCUGAAGGCAAACCAAUCGAGAUGAAUCAGCCCUGCGACAGCUAUAUUCAGCUUGGCUAUGAUCGUAAAGCUGGCGACAAUAUUAUGCAUUACCGCUAUAUAUGUGAUGACGAGCUAGAGAACACAGACUAUAUUGACAAAUGCCCGUUUGAAAAAUUCAGCAUAAAAAGAGGGCAAGACAAAGGCGUCGAAGAUAACUGGCUCCUUAUGUUGUCAGCCAACAAAGAUAAAGAAGGGAAUUAUAGCACUUUAAAAGAGACUGGAAUUUUUAAAGGGUUAAUAAGGGUUUCUAGAAAGUCGAAAGAAGAAGAAAGAGAAGCAAGAAAAACAAUGGAGCAUAAAAAGACAGACUUAAUUACCGGCCGCCUUGCUAAAUCAGGGAAACUCGCUUAUACUGAGCUGGCUGCUGCUGUUUUGUCAAAAAAAAUGGGAAAAGAAGAGAUGGAAACUGAAGAUUCUGAUGAGGAAGAGCUAGAGCACUUUGAAAGUGUAAGAAAAAUGCUGCUUGUAAAAACCCAAGUUAUUGUAAGGCUUUAUAUUAUUGAUGCUAUGAAUUUGGCGCAGAAAGACUGGAAAAGUAACUCAGACCCUUAUUUGCGUAUCAAGCUGCAAGAUCAGGUCAUUGAUGACUCUGAAAAUUUCCAAGAAGAUGAGCCAAAUCCGAAGUUCUGAAAAGUUGUUGACUUAAAAACGACACUUCCUGGAGCAAGUCGAAUAAAAAUCCAAGUUUGGGAUAAAGAUAAUGUACUAAAAGACGAUAAAAUAGGGACUACUAUUAUAGACCUUGAAGACAGGUACUUCUCUACGAAAUGGAGAAACUUAAAAGAAAAGCCUAUCGAAACCCGCACGCUAACCCACCCAUCUACAAAAAUAAUUCAAGGACAAAUAAGACUCUGGCUUGAGAUGUUUUCUACUAAUGAGGCUCCUGCCCCAUGGGACAUUUCUCCACGCCCACCGACUGCAUUUGAGGUUCGCUUAGUUGUGUGGCAAACUAAAGGGGUAGCCAGCUAUGAUACUGAAGAUACCUCAGAUUUAUAUGUCAGAGCAUGAAUCAAUGAUGAACACCCUAAAGAAACUGACACCCAUUACCGCUGCCAAAAUGGAAAAGGCUCUUUUAACUGGAGAAUGAAGUUUCCACUAUUAAUGCCACGUGAUAAUUGUUAUGCCAAUAUUCAAAUCUGGGACCGUGACAUGCUUUCUGCAAAUGAUUUUAUAGGAGACGCAAGUUUCAGCUUCUCUGAGCUCGCCAAAAAAGCUUUUGAAAAACAUAUGAGAGUUAAGAAAGAAGCUGAGGCUGGGAUGUUUGAUUUUCUUACAAAAAACGAAAAAGAUAAGAUCUGGCUGCCUUGUAAGCGAAGAAAAGAUGAUGGAAGUUUUGAGAAUGUCGGCAACGUUUUGGUAUCGUUUGAAAUAAUUCCGAAAGAAAAAGCAGAGGCUUGCAAAGUAGGAGAAGGAAGAGAUGAGCCUAAUGUAGACCCAUACUUGCCACCGCCAUUUGGGAGGUUUAAGUGGUCAUGGAACCCAAUCACUUUGAUUAACCAAACCUGUGGGCCAGAAUUUCGAGCAAAAAUAUGUUGUGCGUUUUGCUGUAUUUUAUGCUGCUAUAUCUGCAUAAUGCUGCAAACUCCAAGGUUCCAAGCAGCAUUAAGAGUCAGGCUGAAAGCAGGAGGAGAGCUAUCUUGGUAGAAAUGCUGACAUACACAGAGACUCUAGCAGCUGAACGAGUCUUCGUAGAAGACUCGUCUCGGGUGAAACGUAAAAAGAGGAAGAGUCCUAAUAUAUAACUAAUUAAUUAAUCUGCAUAAUGAUUUUGCCAAUGAUAAUAGGCUCAAUUGCUGGCAAUGCGAGCAAAAAGUCUUAA